UCAUCACUUUUAUGCUUCCUCGUCCAACACUACCAAGUGACAGUUUUCCUCAACGCUUCAUCACUUUUGGAGUCAAUAAUAUUCCUUCAAAAAAUAAAACAUGAUUAAUUCAGCUAUUAUGUUAUGAAUCUUGGAUGAACUUCUCAAAAAGUUUUCCGAACUUUUUCCUUCCGGAGAAAAUAUUUUCCGGUUAAGUUCUUCUUCGGAAAAAUCAUCCUUGUUGACAUUUCCUGUCAUCAGAAUGGAAAAGUACAAUAAUUGCUGAGAUCGUUUUUGAAUUAUUAAUCGAGAAAAGACAAAAAUUGAUGCCAUUUCUUAUGUGUUUAUUUUUUUGUGACAAAAAGCUUCGAAAAUAAAUUUAAAAAGAAAUUAAAUUCGUUGAAGAAUUAUUUAUUUAAAAAAUAAUCGUUUGGUAAUUUGAAACUUCCAAUUUUGUGAUGUCGUCUGCGCAUUAAAAAUAACUUUCCGUUUAACUGAAACUUCUUAUUCUAUUAAUUUUUAAAAACUUGGGUUGAGUUUGGCUGAAAAACUGCUGCUUUAUUUACUGACUUCAAAAGCGUGCGUUUGUCAAACAUUAACUUUAAAAUAGUUUCCUCUGAAAACGUUUUUAAAAUAAACAGAUAGAGGAACGGGUUAGAACGGACAGAAGUUUCUACUACUCAGUUGUUUCGAAAUCAACACAGAUUUUGCAAGCUGUUUCAAAUGGAAACUAUUCAGUGAAAAUUCUCGCAUCGAAUUUCAGAGUUGCACCAUAUGUGGCAUAUGAUCAGAAUAUUUGAAUUUUUUGGGAUGCGAUUUUCGCAUUCAAUUGAAUGAAUUAUAUAUGUUUUGAUUGUAGAUUUAAAAUAGAAUGCAAUAAUGGAAUGUUUGCGGCAUGAACAUAAAUGACCUUGUGAAUUACAUAUAGAAUUUUGUGCAGUUGUUAUUGUGUGAAGUUGGAUUUAUUGAAUUGAAGGUUGAGAAAAAUAUUAUCACAGUAUGAAGAAUUCAGCAAGUUGGAUGUUAAAUGUGGUGACAGCAAUUGCGGUGUCUAUUUCCGCAAUACUAGGCGAAAAUCUGACGGAAGUGGUUCCUAAAUGCCGUACCGAGCGCGGCUUUGGUCUCAAUUUCGAAGACUACAAGUUGGAUACAUGCGCUCGUUGUUAUGUCUAUCUACCGUCGUUUGCUUUUGUAAGCCCAGAGAGGAAAUUAAGGUACAAUCCCAACACCGGUCUGCUGUAUGAUAUGAGCACGAACACGAGCUGCGUCGCUGAUCCUGACAACACCAGCCAUCCUGUGUAUGACACUUUCCAGUCUGAUCUAUUUGCUCGGAAAUGGAUAGCAUGUUGUAGAGCCGCCAUAGAGUGCUGCCGGAAAAUGCAAACAGAUCCUCAACCACCAGAAGGUACAAAAUAUUGCCCUCGAACCUGGGAUGGCUGGCAGUGCUGGUCGGACACAAAGGCUGGUGAAACUGCAUCGAGUCCAUGCCAGGAGCAUGUGUAUUUCAGAAGCGAGCCUUCCACUUGUCCCAAAUAUGCCGAGAAGAAGUGCUGGGAAAAUGGCACUUGGUACAUCAACGAAAGGAACAAAGAAUGGAGCAAUUACAGCGGUUGUGGACGUGUGGAGAGAAUGCGUCGACUUCAGCAUUUUCACAUUGCAACGUACGCCAUCUCUAUCUUAUUCCUCCUUCCAGCUCUGUUCAUAUUUUCAACAUACAAGCAGCUGCAAGUUCAUCGCAUCACUAUGCACAAGAAUCUGUUCAUCGCCCUCUUGAUAAACGCAGCUCUCGUCAUAUCUUUCAAAACCAUCGUCAUUCUGGAUGAACUUGAUAACUCUGGAAACAGGAGGACCAUACUGGAAGAGAACUGGAUUGGCUGCAGACUGCUUUACAUUCUUACGAAAUAUUCAAGAAUGUGUACCUACAUGUGGAUGUUUUGUGAGGGCUUUUAUCUGCAUAAGCUUAUAGCAGCAGCAUUUGCAGAGCAGAAGUCUUUGUACAUGUUUUAUUUUAUUGGAUGGAUUUUUCCCAUAUUUCCCGUUGGAACCGUUGCUCUCUUGAGGUGGUACUUUGCUGACGAACAGUGUUGGGCUGUUCCAGUGAAACCAUACGAAUGGGUGGCCAAUAGUUUGAAUCUCCUGAGUCUCUUUCUGAAUCUGGUGUUUCUAAUUAACAUCAUUCGAGUUCUGUGGACGAAGCUUCGUGCCACUCAUGCCAAUGAGCCCAGUCAGUUUAGAAAAGCGGUACGAGCCACUCUUGUAUUGGUGCCAUUGUUUGGUCUUCACUUCAUUCUUGUCAUGUACAGACCGCAGAACGGCGACUGCUUUGUUCUGGAAGGCUAUUCUUACUUCAGUUAUGCAAUGGACGGCUUACAGGGUCUGCUGGUUUCUUUAAUAUUUUGCUAUCUGAACGGUGAGGUGAUUGACUUGAUCCGGCGUUCCAUCGAUCGCUUCCGCCUCCGGUAUUCCCUGGACGUCCAUCCAUCGUCUUUCACGACCACUUCCGAGCUGUCCAUGGGCAGGUCCAGACAUUCCACCGACUGUGGCGCCGAAUAUUCUGUCAGACCAUGGCGCCGCAGCACAAAAGGAUGCAACAAUUCACUGGAUCCCCCCACAGAACUGAACACUUUGACUAAUGUGCCCAAGGCAGAAAACUCGAUGGAGACAUCUCUCAUCAUUCAUUAACUACUUUUAUGCGACUAUCUUACAAAAAUAUUCUUGGUGAAUUUCGGUUGUGACUAUUGGAAGUCGCUCAGUAGGUGUAUUGCAUUGAAAAAUGUUUCGCAAACGGAACCUUAUAAUUUGUUAUCGAAGAAAAGUAUGUCAUAGAUAGUUUGUGUCAAGAUAGAAUAUAUGCGUUGAAUGUUCCUGGUUCUUCUAAAAUGUCCUUUUUCUUAAAAAAAGAUUACAUUAUUGACUUCUCAAUGUAGUAUCUGCUUAAAAUAAAGCAGGAAAUUUUUAGGCAUAUUUCUACAACACAAGAAUUAUCAUCAGAACGGCGAAAUGAUGGCGAAGAGGUGAAAGAUACAAUUCUGUUAAAAGUUGAUGAUUUUAUAACGGAUACAUGUUGAAAGGCAAUCUGAUUUCGAAAAGUGGACCAAAUAUUUUCAUUAUUACCACAUAGAAUAAUAAACAUAAUAACUUACUUCAAGACUUGGGACCUAUUUAUACGAAAUGCCGAACAACAUUGUUUCGAUAUCUUCCUGAUAUUGCCCGACAUUCAGAACAUCGGGUAACAUCAUGGAAAUCCUGUACAAUAUUUUGUGCUAAUAGAGAAUUUUCUGAAGCCCGUCCAUUAUCUGAUAAUGCACAUUCUGCUUUGUCCCUGACAAGGUCAGUCCGGCUUCAGGAGUUCAAUGUUAUGGAUGGACAACGCAAAAGAUAGCAGUCGGCCACAACAAAUCCUGUCGAUACUGCUACGUUCAGUGAUGUUAGAGUGGUCGGCUGUACACUAGAAGAAGUCCGGUUUCAGAAUGUAUCGAUUUCUUGUCCGUUCUUUUGGAAAGCAGUGAAUAAGACAAAAGAACAAGCCAUUGAUAUAAAAAUGAAAAUAUUUUUCAAAUCAGAACUGAAAUUUAACAAAUGUUUGUUGUUUUCAAGCAUUAUCCGAAACCGCUCUACUUAAUAUUACUUUAAUGAAAAAUAUUGCAGCAAAUCUUGUGCCCAGUCUAACUCAACUCUAUCGGAAACUAAAUUCUUGAUCGCUUUAUGGCUGGUCCGAUAAAGUAAAAUAUUAUUAUUUUAUUAUAAUAAUAACUAUUGAACAUAUACAUUUUCUUUGAAGAUUUUACCCAUCGUUCAAAAAAUAUAAGUGAAAAAUUAGCCCUUUAUGAAGUUCAGUAAAAAUGUGAAGAUAUGACCCAGUUAAAAGAGUUCUACUUCCUACAUUCCUGUCAACAUAACUUAAAAUAGAAAGACAUACUUCGCAUAGUGUUAUCAUUGAUGCUCAAAUCCUUUUUAACACUAAUUUAAUAGAUUGUUAUUCUUAUAAAGAUGAAACUGAAACUGUCACACGUGAUAGAUUUCGAAUCUUUUUGAAAACGAUUCUUGUAAGAUGCGAAACCGCAUUUCUUCAAUGUGAAACAAGGCUUAGUUACAAGGACGAGUUGUGUCAUUUACGAUGUGACUGCGAAGCCACUUAAAAUACCAGACUGAAACGAUGUUUGAAAAAAAAUGUGAAUAUUUAUUUAUUUCAUAAAUUUCAGGAUUUAAUGGGGCGUUUCAAGUAGAUAUUAGAAUUUGAAUCAUUGUUUUGAUUCCAAAACAAUAAAACAUUCUCAAAGAGACUCAAUGGAUUUUAGUGAAGGAACUAUUUUGCCAUUCCAGAGAUUCACUUAAUGACUGGAUGUUAAAUUUCAACUUCAUUGUUUAUAGAAUAGAAAAGUUGAAGUCACAUUUUAGAGUACAUUCAAGACUUUGAUACAUUGGCUGAUACGUGAAUCACAUGUAAUUCACACAUACUAUUUAAUCGGAUGAUCUUUCCUUACUACAAUUAAAAUAUAGCAAAGAAGGAUUAAUCUGAUUAAAUAAAUGAUUCAAUCGUGAGUCACAGCCCCAAACGUGUUACCAAUUGCUUUGAUUUUCAUAUGGAUUGCAAGUUUUAGUUUAAUUGUAAAUAAAUUCAGUUAGUUUUUAUGCGCGGAACGUGGAACAGAUGUAUAAAGAUAAUUUUAUUUUAUUAAAAGCAAUUGAUAAGAGGUUCAACCAUAAUUUUAGAUUUUUUUCUGUAAAUAAUUCAAUUUAUUUUAUGAAUGUUAUUUUAGAAUGUGUUGUAUUUUCUACUUGUCUUUUGACCACAAAAAAUAAAUAUAAGAUGUUUCAAAAUAAUUGAGAUUGAACAAAAAAGUCAACGUGACUCAUCGGAUAUACAACUAAUAUUUGAAGAGAUUCCGCACUUUGUAGUAACAAAAAGAUGUCUUGAAAUCAUAAUACUAAAUUAAAGCAUCGUGUGGUUAAAUAUUAGAUGCGCAAUUAAGUUUAUCAUGCGAUGAUGUUGAAUUAAUUCCAAUUAGCCGAAUGAAACUUGAGUUAUAAUUAUAACAAACCAUCCAGCUUUUAUUGAUUUACUUUUCGGAUUGUUGAAUAAGAAAAUUAUGACAUCUUGAGAAUAAACCCAUCCAAAAACGCACUGGAAUUGAUGUCGUACAAUCCGUGAAGCUAAUAAACGAAUAUUCUAAAUAUGAGUAUUACUGAUUGGCAUUUUGCCAUUUUUUUUUAAUUUCCUUCUUUGUGCAGAAUAUGGAGAGUUAUUAAAAGUGAAUAAAAGGCGAGUAUUAUAUAUCUCUCUAUAUUUAUGGAAAAUCGUUUCCAGUUUUUCAAGGUAUUUAUAGAAGUAUUAUUUUGUAUUUACAAGUGUACAUAUUGUUAUUAUAUAAUGAUUUAAAAGAAAAAUUGUGUAAUGUAUUGGAAACUUGGUAUAUAA